AUGGGUUUUUUAAGUUUUCUGGCGAAAUUAUUUGGACUUUUCAAAAAAGAAGUUAAAAUUUUAAUAAUAGGGCUUGAUAACAGCGGUAAAACAACGAUUCUCAAUCACUUGCGGUCUAAAGACGAUCCUGUUGAUGUUGUUCCCACAAUUGGAUUUAAUGUGGAAAAAAUCUUUCGCAACUCACUGUCCAUAACUUGUUUUGACAUGUCCGGACAUUGUCGUUACCGGAAUUUGUGGGAGAAAUAUUACGCUGAGUGUGACGCUAUCAUAUUCGUAGUGGAUAGCUCCGAUAAGCUGAGGUUAAUAGUCGCACAGGAUGAAUUCGAACAAAUGUUGUCCCAUCAGUCCAUAAAGAACAGAGAUAUACCAUUGCUAUUUUUGUCAAACAAAAUGGAUAAAAAUGGAUCAUUAUCUGCAAGUCAAGUGGCACUAAUGCUGGGAUUAGAGAAGAUACGCACUAAACCGUGGAACAUAAUUUCAUCAAACGCCAUCUCAGGUGACGGAAUCACCGAAGGUUUGAACUGGCUUUGUGAAAAAUUGCUUAAGAAGCCCAAUUGA